AUGAAGGGUGAUCGUUCGAGACAAAACAUGGCUUUGACAAAGAAGGCAAAGUUAAAAAAAAAUGACGAGCCAAAAAAGGUCCUGAAGGCUGCCGCGACCGAAAAAGGUGAGGGAUCCAAGCGCUAUUCCUUGUGGAAUUUCUGGAUAAGCACAUUAUUUUUAAAGUUGCUGUUGAUUCCUGACUAUUUUAGUACCGAUUUUGACGUUCAUAGGAAUUGGCUGGCAAUCACUAAUAAACUGCCCAUCAGUGAAUGGUAUUACGAGCAUACCAGUCAAUGGACGUUGGAUUAUCCGCCAUUCUUUGCCUAUUUUGAAUGGUUUUUAUCUCAAUUUGUUCCUAAAGUUGUUCGCGAUGACGGUUGUUUGGAUAUAGUAGAGGUCGGAAAGUUUGGUUUGCCAACAAUCGUUUUCCAAAGACUUACUGUCAUCUUCAGUGAAAUUCUUCUAUAUGUUGUCCUCCAAGUAUACAUUAAUACAACAAAACUAAGUGAAAGAUCUCAAAGUUUUGUGGUUGCUUCUAGCAUUGUAUUAUCGCCUGGGUUUUUAAUAAUAGAUCACAUUCACUUCCAAUAUAAUGGUUUUCUUUUUGCCAUCCUAAUUGGCUCCAUUGUCGCCGCCAAAAAUAAGAGAUAUAUUUUGUGUGCCUUUCUGUAUACCACUGCUAUAUGUUUCAAGCACAUAUUUUUAUAUUUAGCGCCAUGUUAUUUUGUGUUUUUAUUGAGAGCAUACGUCCUUAACGUCAACAACUUCCAGUUUAAAAGUUACAAAGAUUUUUUGUUUUUGAUAAGAUGGGCGAAUCUUUUGAAGUUAGGCAGCGUUGUCGUUGGAAUUUUCACUAUUUGUUUCCUACCGUUUGCUCAUCAGAUGCCCCAAGUGCUGAGCAGACUAUUCCCAUUUUCAAGAGGACUAACGCAUGCAUAUUGGGCACCAAACUUCUGGGCGUUGUAUUCUUUUGUGGAUAAGAUACUUACUACGAUAAUGUUAAGAUUACCAUAUGUCCACACUUUUGCUACAAAGUUCAUUAAACCGCCCCUGAUCCCUCAAAAUAUCAAGGAAAUCAAUGAACGGCUCGCGGCAAACAACAACGGAAGUAAAGGUCUAGUUGAAGACGUAUUUUUUGUCAUUCUCCCUCAAAUUCUGCCAAAAUUAACGUUUAUUUUGACGAUAUUUUACCAGGUUUUAGCAGUACUUCCUCUUUUGUUUGAUCCGUCGUUCAAAAGGUUCGUUGGCUCGUUAACUCUUUGUGGAUUGGCUUCGUUUUUAUUCGGAUGGCACGUACAUGAAAAGGCUAUAAUGUUAGUCAUCGUUCCAUUCACAUUUCUUGUUGGAUUUGAUCGCCGUCUUUUGGUGCCGUUUAUGCUUGUUGCCUCAGCUGGUUAUGUUUCCUUAUACCCUCUCCUGUACAAAGGUCAAGAUUUUUUCAUUAAAACGCUAUACACUUAUGUUUGGUGUAUAAUUUAUUUUGCCGCUUUUAGGAAAACUACGAAGAUUUCUUCAAGUGUGGAAAGAAGGAUUUUUUUCUUGGAUAGGUUGGCAUUAACAUACAUCUUUUCUUUGUUGCCAAUGGUAACCGUAUUACAAAUCUUAGAUGAAGUCAAGUGGAGGUAUUCAUUUUUGCAAAAAUUUGAUUUCCUAGGGCUAAUGAUAUAUAGUGUCUAUUGUUCAUUAGGCAUAAUCAGCUCGUGGUUUGCCUUAUCGUGGUUAUAUAAUUUUGACGAGUUACUGUGGCAGUGA